UCAAAUAACUCCAACUUUGUUUUGUUAAUUGUUACGAUCUGAGAAGACCUCUUAUUUAAAUAUUAGCUGCCAAAUAGUGUUUAAAGCAUGUCAGAGACUGCUUUCAUAUUUAAGAGCUUGAGGUUUGAAAGUCUUGCACUGUGCAUAAGUGCUUUUUGGUUCAGUUAUAGUAUUUUGACCUGAGGCUAUGAGAGCAAAGAGAGGAAAGCGCUCAGAGGCCUUUUGGCCCUCCAUUGUGAUGAAGAAAUGGUUGAACAUAAAGCCAAAGGUGUAUGAUUUUAGUGAAGAUGAAGUGGACACUGAAACUGAGAGUGAAGAUGAUGCUUGCUCUCUUAAAGAUUCAAGAAUGGGCGUGCGUGAAGAUAAUAAUCCACUUAGAACACAAUCCAUAUUCCCAAGUCAAACAUCAGAUGCAUCUUGUAAGGGCUACAAGAUGAGACAUAGAAGAGGGAAAUCAGAAACUCUGCGUGUUCAAUACAUAAAUACAAAGGAAGUGAGGGUAACAAUUGGCACUUGGAAUGUUGCUGGAAGACUUCCACCUAAGGAUCUUGAAAUUGAGGGCUGGCUUUGCACUGAGGAGCCAGCAGAUAUUUACAUUAUUGGUUUCCAGGAGGUAGUCCCCUUGAAUGCUGGAAAUGUUCUGGGAGCAGAGGAUAACACACCCAUCAGAAAAUGGGAAGCAAUUAUUCGAAGAACACUAAAUAAAUCUUCUGAACCUGAAAGCAAACACAAAAGUUACAGUGCCCCUUCUUCACCUGUUCUAAGAGCUUCUGCUUCUGCUGAUGUUCUAGUUGACAGUAAAGAUGUUAAUACACUAGAGAUGAUGAAUGAAGAGUACUUAGCAACUUUUGACAAUGAUGAGCUAGAACAGCAGGAAGUGAAAAGCAUAAUUGGUAUAGGAAAAAGUUUACAGUUGAGGAAAAUAUAUGAUGACAUUGAUCUUCAAACUAUAUUUGAUUGGCCUGAACGUCCACUAGAUGCUAUUCCCGAUGCUAAUUCCAAUCCAAAGUUGCGUAGAGUACUAAGCAGCUCAGAUAGAAUUGGCUUUAACUGGACAGAAAAUACAUUAAAAUAUGGUGGUGGAAUGAAACGUUCACACCAUAGUUCUGGAAAUUUGGGUUUGUUAUGGAAAGAGCAGCAAGUGAUGCCUGAAGAAGUGAUUGAUACCCUUGAUGACUUAUCUGAUAUGUUAUCUGAUGAGGAAGAUGAUGCUUUUUUUGAAUUACCAAAUGACAAUGAUAAUGGAAUGGGUUGUAUGAAGUCACAUCCUAAGUAUGUUCGGAUUGUCAGCAAGCAGAUGGUAGGAAUAUAUGUGUCUGUUUGGGUGCAAAGGAGGCUGAGAAGGCACAUUAAUAAUUUGAAAGUUUCUCCUGUUGGGGUUGGUCUUAUGGGCUACAUGGGAAACAAGGACGGGGCAGAAAUAAGACGAAACUCGGAUGUUCAUGAAAUUCUACGACGCACCUGUUUCUCAUCCGUCUUUGAUACAGAUCAACCACAAACAAUACCAUCUCAUGAUCAAAUUUUCUGGUUUGGGGAUUUGAAUUAUCGGAUCAAUAUGAUGGAUGGAGAGGUUCGAAAGCUGGUAGCUCAAAAGAAAUGGGACGAACUCAUGAAUUAUGAUCAGCUAAGUAACGAAUUGCGUGGUGGGCAUGUAUUUGAUGGAUGGAAAGAGGGGUUGAUAAACUUCCCACCCACUUACAAGUACGAAUUUAAUUCUGAUAAAUACAUUGGUGAGAAUCUAAAGGAAGGGGAAAAGAAGAGAUCUCCAGCUUGGUGUGAUCGUAUAUUGUGGCUAGGAAAAGGAAUAAAGCAACUUGAAUAUAGACGUGCAGAAAAUAAGCUCUCAGAUCAUAGACCAAUUAGUUCAAUAUUCUCCAUUGAUGUUGAAGUAUUUGACCCCCGUAAACUGCAACGAGCUCUAAAUUUCACCAAUGCAGCAGUACACCCAGAGGUUUUCCUUAAAGGUGGGGACUUGUGACUAUGACCUACAAACGCACCAACUCUUGGGUGUUUUUGGCUAUAAAGUAACCUAGAUAAGGACGUCAACUUCAAGGAGUGAAACCUCAAGUUUGCCAUGCACGCAACCUCAGUUUUAAGGAUCUGAAUUAGUUACAUAGAAGAGAUAGUUAUAGACAAAUGUGUAUAUGCAUAAAAUAGAAUAUUGUGUGACACUUCCAGGGUUUUACUUUUUUCUUUUCUUUUUCUAAUUAAAAAUCUAGUCAACAGGUUUAUACGAUUUUGAUCUCAGGUGUGCAGUUUGUAUGAACGUUCAGUUUGUUGUUAAUCUUCUCAAUAAUAAAACUUUUUG